AUGUCACGCGAAGUGCAACUCGUACAGCUAAAUGAUGAGACUAUGGGUCCGUCCCAAUUUCAAGAGGGAUCAUCUGCAGUUGAGCAUCUUCACAUCCUCGAGAGUGGAAUGGGAACCGAUGCCAUGGGGGUGUUCGUGCAGGGUUGUAGAACGCUCCGCACGUUCAAUUAUACCUUCGGGAAUGUCGACUACUACGAUGGCUAUUUCAAACCUCAGGAGGCUGUGAAAGAGCUCAAGCGUCAUAAAGACACGCUCGAAGAGCUCACGAUGCUGUACGACGAUGACGGCUAA